AUGUUCCAAUUCGGGUGGACCAAACCGUGGACACCCGUGGCCCUAGCGCUGCGGACGUUGUCCUACCUUUCCAAGUUGGCGCCCAACGAAGGUGCCACCACUGCCUAUAAGCGGCUCGGGCGUGGUCCCGCUUCCAAGGGUCAAAAGUCCGGUCGGGGUCAAAAGGGUCAAAAAGCCCGUGGUAAAGUGCCCCACUGGCUCGAAGGGGGUCAGACCCCGUACUACAAGCGGUUCCCCAUUGUUGGGUUCAAGAGACCUCACCGUCGCCACUUAAAUGACUUGAAUCUCGAGAGAAUUCAAGAGUUCUGGAACGCGGGCAGAAUUCCCUUAAAAGCGGGGGAAACUUUGACCAUCAGAAUCAUGAGAGAGUGUGGUUUGGUUACUGGUUCGUUGCGUGACGGGGUUAAGGUGUUGGGUGUCGGUAAACAAGAGUAUAACGUACCGUUGAAGAUCGAAGCCAACCGCGCUUCCGAAGACGCCAUCGCUGCCAUCGAGGCUGCCGGUGGUGAGUUCACCGCUCAGUACUUCACCAAGUUGUCGCUCCAGGCCCACGUGUUCCCGGAACGGUUCUUGCUCAAGAAAGGGUACGUGCCUUUACCCGCUCGCCCCACCCACCGCAGAGACAUCGAAUACUACGCCAACCCGGAUAAGCGCGGGUACUUGUUGAAGGACCGGCUGCUCCUUUUGGACCACAUGAAGCUGGAAAAGCUGACGGGCGUGCGGUCGCUGAAGAAGCGGUCGGCGUUGGAACUGCAGUUGGACGCCGCCAGCGAAAAGCACUACGGCGACUUCACCGAAAAUAAGGUGGUGUCGGUGCACGACUUGUAA